UGUCUGUCUGUACCGAGGGGGAGAGGGUAGUGGAAACGGACGUCACACGCGCUCCCCGGGGGAGGAGGCUCAGGAACCGGGCAGUUUAUCCGCUGGCCGUCGAUGCAGUGCGCUCCGUUUCGUCCGUGCGUGCGCGUAUGAGCGUGUGUUUGAGUUGCAUGCAGGAACAGAAGCGCAGCAGAGAAAAGCAGCCACAUCCUCCUCUCGGCAAAAGGAAGAGCUCCGUUUAAAAGCGAUGAAGCGCUUAUGUGGCAAUCUCACAUUCUGGGACUCUAAUUUCACGAAGCACACAGACCUGCCGGAUCUCCCAGCAUGCUUUCAGCUGUCUGUCCUGCCAUGGGCUCCCUGCAUCUUCCUCUGGCUGACGUCUCCUUUCUACAUCUUCUACCUCAAGAGGAACAACAGAGGCUACAUCAUGAUGUCUAUACUGAACAGAAUCAAAACGGUUCUCGGCUUGAUCUUGUGGAUCGUAUGCUGGACAGACCUGUUUUCUUCAUUUCAUGAGAUGAGCCAGAAUCAGUUGAAACCCCCAGUAUAUUUCGUUACUCCUCUAGUACUUGGCAUGACGAUGUUGUUAGCCACGUUCCUGAUCCAGUUUGAGAGGCUGAAAGGAGUGCAGUCAUCCGGUGUGCUCUUCAUAUUUUGGACGAUCUCAGUUUUGUGUGCCAUCAUGCCUUUCCGUUCCAAAAUCAUGAAUGCCAGUCAGGCAGAGAAUGACAAGCUGAGGUUCACGAUGUUCUACAUUUACUUCGGCCUCACCCUGCUUCAACUCAUCCUGUCCUGCUUCAAUGAAAAGCCUCCUCUCUUCUCCAGCGUGGUCACAGAUCCUAAUGUAUGUCCAGAAACGACUGCUGGAUUCCUCUCCAAAAUGACCUUUUGGUGGUUUACUCGUAUGGCGAUCAAAGGCUAUAAAUCUCCUCUAGAGAAUAAAGAUCUGUGGUCGCUGAACAAGCAUGACAGUUCAGAGCUGGUGGUUCCCAAUCUGCUCAAUGAAUGGGAGGUGGAGAAAUCCAAAGCGCAGAGCGAGCAGAGCGUGAAGGAGCAGGCCGCGUUCAGGAAGGCAGGCCCGGGUGCUGAACCCAACCACGUGAGCGUCAGUCCGGAGGAGGAGGAGGUUCUGCUGUCCAAACGGAAGGAGGCGCGGCAGCCCUCGUUCCUGAGGGCCCUUCUCAGGGCCUUCGGACCCUACUUCCUCAUCGGCUCGGCUUUCAAACUACUGCAGGAUCUCAUUACCUUCGUGAACCCUCAGCUGCUCAGGAUGUUGAUUGCCUUCACCAAGCAGCCGCAGGCCCCGUCGUGGUGGGGUUACUCGCUGGCGUUCCUGAUGUUCAGCGCUUCCCUCUUACAGACCCUCAUCUUACAUCAGCACUUUCAGUACUGCUUUGUCACGGGCAUGAGGCUGCGCUCAGGAAUCGUCGGAGCCAUUUACAGGAAGUCUCUGGUGAUCACGAACGAGGCCAAGCGCUCGUCGACGGUGGGCGAGGUGGUGAACCUGAUGUCGGUGGAUGCUCAGCGCUUCAUGGAUCUCACCACCUUCCUGAACAUGCUGUGGUCUGCUCCGCUGCAGAUCGUCCUGGCGCUCUUCUUCCUCUGGCAGAAUCUGGGUCCGUCGGUUCUGGCCGGUGUGGCCGUCAUGGUUCUGCUGAUCCCCUUCAACGCUUUCAUCGCCAUGAAGACCAGAUCGUACCAGGUGGAGCAGAUGAAGUAUAAGGACGAGCGCAUCAAGCUGAUGAACGAGAUUCUGAACGGCAUCAAGGUGCUGAAGCUGUACGCCUGGGAAACCUCCUUCAAGCAGAAGAUCCUGCAGAUCCGGCAGAAGGAGCUGCACGUUCUGCGUAAGGCAUCGUAUCUCAGCGCUCUCUCCACCAUGGCCUGGACCAGCGCGCCCUUCCUGGUGGCUUUGACCACGUUUGCUGUGUUCGUGACUGUGGAUGUGAACAAUAUCUUGGACGCAGAGAAGGCCUUCGUGUCUCUGUCUCUGUUCAACAUCUUGAGGUUCCCGUUAAACAUGCUUCCGCAGGUCAUCAGCAGCAUCGUACAAGCCAGCGUGUCUCUGAAACGCAUCCAGGGCUUCCUGAGUCACGAUGAGCUCGAUCCCGAGAGCGUGGACAGAAGAAACAACGCGUCAGAAUACGCCGUGAGCGUCGUGAACGGGAAAUUCUCAUGGGCCAAACAAGACCAGGCCGCUCUCGACAACAUUAAUGUGAUGGUGCCGCAGGGCUCUCUGCUGGCGGUCGUGGGUCACGUGGGUUGUGGGAAGACGUCGCUGGUGUGUGCUCUGCUGGGAGAGAUGGAGAAGCUGGAGGGUCAGAUCUCUAUACAGGGAUCCGUGGCUUACGUACCGCAGCAGGCCUGGAUCCAGAACGCCACGCUCCGAGACAACAUCUUGUUCGGCAGACCGUACGCCGAGCAGAAGUACCGCUGCGUGCUGGAGGCCUGCGCUCUGACCCCUGACCUGGAAGUGCUUCCCGGAGGAGACCAGACUGAGAUCGGAGAGAAGGGCAUCAAUCUGUCGGGCGGUCAGCGGCAGAGAGUGAGUCUGGCCAGAGCUCUGUACAGUGGAGCAGACGUCUAUCUGCUGGACGACCCUCUGUCUGCCGUCGACGCUCACGUCGCCAAACACAUCUUCGACAACGUCAUCGGGCCUGAAGGAGCGCUGAAGGGCAAGACCAGGAUUCUGGUGACUCACGGCAUCAGCUUCCUGCCGCAGGUGCACAACAUCCUGGUGCUGGUGGAGGGGCGCGUGUCAGAGAUGGGCUCCUAUCAGGAUCUGCUCAAACAGAAUGGAGCUUUUGCAGAGUUCCUCAGAAACUACUCUCUCGAGGAUAUCAUCGAAGACGAUGACGUCACCGAUUUGUUGGUUGAUGAUGAGGAGGAGGAGUUUCCUGACGAUGCUCUCAGUAAUCACACAGAUAUGGUGGAUAACGAGCCUGUAGUCAACGAGGCGCGCAGACACUUCAUGAGGCAGAUGAGCAUCAUGUCGAAUGAUCCGGAGAACCCGAAGAAAAUGUCCCGGCGCCGGCGCUGCAGCGAGAGGAGACACCUGGAGUCUCCGAGCGAGAAGAAGGAGCUGAAGGUGGAGAAGCUCAUCCAGGCUGAGACGACUGAGACGGGACGGGUGAAGCUGAAGGUGUAUUGGGAGUAUGCGAAGGCAGUCGGGCCGCUGCUGUCGCUCUUCAUCUGUGUUCUGUACGGCUGUCAGAGCGCCACCUCCAUCGGAGCCAACGUCUGGCUGAGUGAGUGGACGAACGACGCGCUGCUCAACCGCACGCAGGACAGAGUGCACAUGAGGGUCGGGGUCUACGCCGCGCUGGGCAUCUCACAAGGCGUCCUGGUUAUGUUUUCCUCCUUUACUCUGGCUCUGGGGAAAAUCCAGGCCGCACGCAAGCUGCAUCAGACCCUGCUGGACAACAAAUUUCACACGCCCCAGUCUUUCUUUGACACCACUCCUAUAGGCCGGAUCAUCAACCGCUUCUCCAAGGACAUCUACGUGAUCGACGAGGUCCUGCCAUCCACCGUCCUCAUGUUCCUGGGCACCUUCUUUGCCUCUCUGUCCACCAUGAUCGUCAUCAUUUUCAGUACUCCUAUAUUCGCGCUGGUCAUUGGCCCUCUGGCCUUGAUUUACUUCUUUGUGCAGAGAUUUUAUGUAGCCACGUCUCGGCAGCUUAAGAGACUGGAGUCUGUCAGUAGGUCUCCUAUAUAUUCUCAUUUUUCGGAGACCAUCACAGGCACUAGCGUGAUCCGCGCCUACGGCCGAAACACUGCCUUUGUUCUCUUGAGCGAUAUGAAAGUGGACGAGAACCAAAAGAGUUACUACCCUGGUAUUGUUUCCAACAGGUAGGUUUGGUCUCGCUCUCGUUUGGAUGCAUGCAGCUCCUCACGCAUGUUUUCAGUCUUUACUGUGUGCUUUUAUGGGGUAAUGUCCUCCUGAAAUUCAGAUUCGAGCACCGCU